AUGGAGCCACUAACAUACCACUCCAAGCUCAUACCCAGCGACGAAGCCGCUGAGACCGGCUGCUUCACCACCCUCCCCAUCCGGCUCCACCCACAGAACGAACUGGCAGAUGAAGCAAGCCGGAGGUUCAUGCGAGACUGGGCCAGGGAGAUGGGCGACGGCAGGGAGACCAGAACAUACUUCUCCUUCUCCCCGGCCGGGAACUGGUCCUCGCUCAUCUACCCCGAGGCCAUUCCGGAGAGACUUGGGGUGCUGGCUUACCUGUCUGACCUUGGCCUGAUCCACGACGACGCUGGUGAAGAACUCACCCUCGAAGAGGCCCAAAGAGAGCACGACGAGUUGCACGCCGCCCUCAACCCCGACGAUAGUAGCAGCACCAGCCUUUCACCGGAAUCCAGGGCGUCCAAGACCAAGAAGCUUGUCUCGCAAUGCAUGCUGGAAUGCAUCAAGCUCGACCGCGAGCUGGGGCUUGCCAUGCUGGCUGCCUUCCGGGACGUGUGGCUCGCAAUCAGCGAGAAGCACGGCGACAAGCAAGCCGAGACGGUGGAGCAAUACCUAGAAUACCGCAGUGAUAAUGGCGGGAUGCUUCAGGGGAUGCACAUAUCCCCGGAAGAGCACGAGCUGGUGCAGCCCAUCAUCGACGCCGCGACACGUGGCCUCCUGCUGGCCAACGACUACUUCAGCUGGGAGCGUGAGUACAGAGAGUUGCAGUCGGGCCAGUCCAAAAGAAUUGUAAGCGCCGUCGAGAUGUUUAUCAGAACCAGAGGCCUGUCCAUCGAGGCUGCCAAGGAUGAGGUCAAGCGGAUGAUCAUUGAGUCCGAAAGGGAAUUCUGCCGGCUCCGAGACGAGCUCUGCGAAACACGCCCAGGGCUCUCUCCCAAGCUGAGGAGGUGGAUCGACUGUGCUGGCCUGGCCGUCUCGGGCAAUCACUACUGGUGCUCUGCCUGCCCAAGGCAAAAUGCGUGGAAGAGCCAGCCCCAUCCCCAGCCUGACGCCCAGUCAGCUCCUCCUCGACCCAUCAACAGCAGCGCGCCGACGGCGAAGCGUGCCCUGGAACAGACUGGCAAAGACCAAUCAACGGAGCAAGAACCGCGGAAGAAGAAAAGAAGAGACUCGGGCGUCGUCCUGUCGUCCAGCUCCAGCGACACCAACGGCGGCGAGGCCCCGCCCUCGCCUGGCGCCUCCCCGGUCUCUCGUUACCCACUCCGCGCGGCGUCGACCGAGGCGCUGGACGCACCACUCCUCUACCUCGCCGGCAUGCCCUCCAAGGGGGUGCGAGGAGUGCUCAUCGAGGCGCUCAACACGUGGCUCGGCGUGCCGGCGGCGGCCGUCCGGACCAUCACGUCCAUCGUCGACAGCCUGCACGGCGCGUCGCUGAUCCUGGACGACCUCGAGGACAACUCGCCGCUGCGCAGGGGCCAGCCGUCGGUGCACAGCAUCUUCGGCCCCGCGCAGGCCGUCAACAGCGCCAACGCGCUGUUCGUGCGGGCCGUCUCCGAGGCGGCGGCGGCGCUGCGCCCGGCGUCGCUGGCCGCCGCGCUCGACGAGCUCGAGAACCUGCACCGCGGCCAGAGCUGGGACCUGUACUGGAAGCACAGUCUGGCGUGCCCCGGCGAGGCCGACUAUAUUAAUAUGAUUGACCACAAGACGGGCGGCAUGUUCCGCAUGCUGGUGCGCAUGAUGGUGGCCGAGGCGCCCCUCGAGAACAAACCCAAGCUGGACGCCGCGGGCCUCGGGCGGCUGGCGCUGCUGUUUGGGCGCUUCUUCCAGAUCCGGGACGACUACAUGAACUUUGGCGACUACGCGGCGCAAAAGGGCUUCUGCGAGGACCUGGACGAGGGCAAGUUCUCGUACCCCGUCGUCCACUGCCUGGCCAACUGCCCCGAGUACCGCGGCCACAUCCUCGGCGUCUUCAGGCAGCGCCCGGCGGCGGGCAGCGCCGCCGCCACGCCGCUGUCCAGGGAGACCAAGACCCACCUCGUUGGCUGCCUCGUUAGGAGCGGCUCGCUCGACCACACGCUGGGCUGCCUCCGCGAGAUGGAGCGCGAGCUGGAGCUGGAGAUCGACGCGCUGGAGAGGCUGACGGGAGAGGCGAACCCGAUGCUCCGUAUCUGUCUGGCCAGGCUGAGCACCGAGGGAAUCGAUCCAGUCGCCAUCGAGGGGACUAAGACAUAG